CUUGCUGCGAGGCUUGAAGCCCAUGCCAAAGGAGGAUCGUCACAAGAUGAUCAAGUUUUGCCACCCCGAAGCCAAUGACGGCAAUAUGCAACAAUUUAUCGAGCGUUACGACAAGAACAACGAGCAACAGCGACUGAUGAGAGAAUCGGGCGUCCGGGCAAUCGGGAUGAAGCCGCUGCCAGGCGACUCGUCCCUGUUCACCGUUCGUAUACCCAACUCCUGCUACCUGAUUCGCAUGUGGGACGGCGGCAUGGACCGUUUCGCCCAGUACUGUCUCGACUUGUACGACAGCCAUCGCCAAGUACCCGUCAACCUCCCAAAGGGAUACUCGCUCUGGCCGGCGGCGGCGAACAUCCCAGGCGCUUUCAAUGUCGCGGGUCCGCUCGCUUCCUGGGAGACGGACAUGGGCUUUGCUCCGGGGAGCUUUCCAGAGGGCGAAGAGAAGUGGAGCGUUCCGGAGGGCGUGUAUAUCACGGUGAAACGGGCUGACCGACCUGGUGAAGACUUCACGUUUGCGGUCCCCCGGAGGCAGCAUGCGGACCUCGGUGCUAUUGCACAGCCCGUCCGGGGGUACGCUCCGUGAUGGUGUUUACCUACGCUCUGUGUUGUCCUGUAUUCAAUUGAGC